GUCUUCGUUCAACUUCUUCACUCUACCUCCCCGCCAAAGCAUUCUCUCUUCUCCCCUAAUACCUCCUCCCCUCUCCCAUCUGGGAGACACCCCUCCACCCAUCAUGUCGAUUAAACGUGCCCUCUCCAAAAUCAAAACCAAGUCUACGCCCGGGGAUGAUGGCCACAGUACCCCCUCCACUUCCCUCUCCCCGCGUCGCAGCAUCUUCAGCAACAUCCUGCGGGAUCGCGACUAUGUUUCCUCCUCAGAUGACGUAUCCGAUGACUCCUCCCCCACGGGGAGUAUGAGCAAGAACCAACAGAAGCGCCUGGCUCGCAAGCAGCGCAAGGAGAGUUCCCGCCUCAGUGAGGAUACCCGUAACUCGGAAGAGUCGGAUAUGCGUCACAAGGAAGAGAUUGCCAAUGCCGCCCGCGAGGAAACCGCCGAGAUGAAGGCCCGCUACGGAGAACUCCCUCUCAUGCAGUCUCGGACCCGUUCGAAUGAGAAGCGAACUAAAUUCGAUGAGAUCUCUACCUCGCUUGUGGGCCAGGAAGUAUACUUCACGGCCCGCCUGCAUAUCAUCCGUCGCAUGAGCGCCAAGUUGGUCUUCCUGGUCUUCCGCCAGCAAUUGUUUACCUUCCAGGGUGUUUUGCAUGAUGAACCCGGUGUGGUUUCUCUGGCAAUGGUCCACUGGGCCGAGCAUCUUCGCUUGGGCAGCAUUGUACGGGUCCGGGGCGUUGUCCAGGCCCCUCAGGUCCCCGUAUUGGGCUGCACCAUCCAUGAUGUGGAAGUUGCCAUCAAGGAGCUGCAUCUCGUUGUCCGUCGUGAGGAGCCGGUUCCCUUUAGUGUCUACGAGGCCGAAAUUCAAACUGCCGAGGAGGAGCGCGUUGAGGGUCGUCGCAGUCGCAUUCCCGACAGGACCCGCCUGGUCAACCGUCUGCUAGACUUGCGUACCCCCACCUCCCAAUCCAUUUUCCGAAUCCAGUCCGCCAUCGGAAAUCUCUUCCGGACCGCUCUCGAUGAGCAAAACUUUAUUGAGAUCCACACCCCCAAGUUGCAAGGCUCUGCUACGGAGUCUGGUGCCAGUGUAUUCCAUGUUCAAUACUUUGGUCGCGAUGCGUUCCUGGCCCAGAGCCCGCAAUUGGCUAAGCAAAUGGCCAUUGCCGCGGAUUUCGGCCGAGUUUAUGAGAUCGGUGCGGUGUUCCGUGCGGAGAACUCCAACACCCACCGCCACCUGACGGAGUACACGGGCCUGGAUAUUGAGAUGGCGAUCGAGGAACACUACCACGAGAUGCUCGAAGUGCUGGAUGCGGUCAUCAAGAACAUUUUGGAGGGCGUCUACCGCCGCUUCCGCCGCGAAGUUGACACCAUUAAGCAUCAAUUCCCAUCUGAAGAUGUCGUCUGGCUGGAGAAGACCCCAAUCCUCCGAUUCGCCGACGGUAUUAAGAUGCUGACCGACUCGGGCUGGCGCGAUGAAGACGGCAAUCCCCUGCCCGAGGACGAGGACUUGAGUACUCGCGACGAAAUCCGCCUGGGCGAGCUUGUCAAGGAGAAGUACGGCACCGAUUACUAUAUCCUCGACAAGUUCCCCACCAAUGCUCGUCCCUUCUACACUAUGCCUGAUCCGGACGACAACCGGUUCACCAACUCCUUUGAUAUCUUCAUUCGUGGCCAGGAAAUCGUCUCCGGUGGCCAGCGGAUUCACGACCCACACAUGUUGGAGGAGAACAUGAAGCGCGUCGGCAUCAACCCCGAUACUAUGGAGGAGUACAUGGAAGGUUUCCGCUGGGGCGCACCGCCUCACGCUGGUGCUGGUGUCGGUCUGGAGCGUUUGCUGAUGUUGCUGCUGAAACUGGGCAACAUCCGCUUGGCCUCGCUCUUCCACCGUGAUCCACGCAGCUUCCCUGCCAAGCCACCUAUGAUGCAACUGCGUCACCCCGAAUCAUCGACCAUUGAUCCGCCAUGGGUGCGCGAGAAGAAGGCCAGUGUGGCGGAGAAUGAAAGCGAGCUGCAACCCAUCGAGCACCUCAUUGCCAACUAUGGCGACGCUACCUCUACUUCCUGGGGCGACGAACGCUUCAAGAUCUGGCGGGACAUGGGCACCGGAGCCGCCGUUGCCUACGUUUUGAGCACUAACAACUAUGUGGUUAUUCCUGGAAACCCACUCUGCGACACCCGGCAAUACCGCCAAGUGAUCAUCCAGUUCCUGCAGUGGUUGCGGCGCGAGACCAAGUACAAGCCUGUGUGGCUGCUAUGCUCGGCUGAGGUGGAAGCCGUGCUGGGUGAACGUCUCGGUUGGCGCACCUUGUCCUGCAUUGCGGAGGAGCGUGUCGACCCUUCGCGCAACAUGGCCGUGGCGGACGGCGAGAUUGCCCGCAAAAUCCGGCGCGCAGAGAACGAGGAUGUUAAGGUGGUGUCGCUCAAGUACGGAGAGAUGGUGUCAGAUGAGGUGCGCGAGAAGAUCGACCAGCGCCUUCAAGACUGGCUGAGCAGCCGCAAGGGCACCCAGGUGCACUUGUCGGAAAUUCGUCCUUGGCGCGACCCUGAGCACCGCUGGUAUUUCUAUGCCGUGGAUAAGUCGGGCACCAUCUGCGCCUUUGUGACACUGGCCACCCUCGCGCCCGCGCACGGCAUGCAGAUCAAGUACAGCUUCGAUUUCCCGGGCGCACCCAAUGGAGUGAUCGAGUACAUUGUCACCCAGGCGAUCCAGACGGCUGCUGCCGCCGGGACCAAGUCUUUGACCUUCGGUGCUGGCGCUAUGGCCACUCUCACCCCAGGGCACAACCUGAAGGGUCCCAAGAUCAAGAUGCUGCAGCACACUUACGACACGAUCGCCAAGCAAUUCGGCUUGGUCCGCAAGAGCGAGUUCCGGGCCAAGCUGGGCGCCGAGGACGAUCCGCUUUACAUCGCCUAUCCCCCGCACGGCAUGGGCACCAAGGGUAUGCGGGCCGUGCUUCAUUUCUUCGAAGAUUAAUUUUCUUCUAGAGAAAAGCUAUCUUUCCAAGACACCGUUGGAUGUGCCGGUUAGAGGAUACGUUGCUUUGACUUCCUACCCUUAAAGAUGGUAUUGUCAGUUCUCGGUUGUUGCUGCUGCCUUUUCACUAUUCCCCCUGAUGUUUGGUAUUUGAUUGCUCGAUCUAAACCCCCUGAUGCCGACUUUCGUUCCGAUUUAAUUCAUGAUACAUAAUUGUGCUGUGAUAAUAGACGCCCACAUGCCAUGAUUGAAUGAUCUUGAUGUUGUUUUGUUUUAUUGAAUGUACGUUGCCUAUGACUAUGAAGAUAAUUCCACACGCCCCUUUUCAUGACAUCACGUCCAAUAAGAUU